AUGUGGACAACGGUGGUCACCGUCCUCUGCCUGGUAGCCUGUACUAGAAGCACCAAAGAUGCAUGUCCAGAAGUAAAAUAUGUGGCACUUGGAGAAACUAAAAACUUGACUAUCGUUCGAGGAUGCCCGGGUCUGCAUGGACCUCCUGGACAAAAAGGUGAAACUGGUCCAUCAGGAGAGAAAGGUGAAUCAGGAUCUAAAGGAGACCCCGGGAGUGCUGGACCUGAAGGCCACCAGGGACAAAAAGGAGAGAAGGGGGAACCUGGCAUCUCAAGCCAGAUCUACUCUCCUCGAAAUUGCAAAGAACUGCGGGACCAAGGGACUUUCCUCAGUGGGUGGCACAAAAUAUAUCCAGAUGGAGAGAAACCAUUUACAGUCUUGUGUGACAUGGAUACAGAUGGAGGAGGAUGGAUUGUUUUCCAGAGACGGUAUGAUGGCACUGUGAAUUUUUUCAGAGAGUGGAAAGACUACAAGCAAGGGUUUGGUAACCAACUAAGUGAAUUCUGGCUAGGAAAUGAUAAUAUUCACCGCCUUACGUCUACAGGAACUCAUCAGCUUCGAGUUGAUCUGACAGAUUUUGAAAAUGAUUCCACUUUCGGCACGUAUGCUUCGUUUGCCCUAUCAGGAGAAGAUGACAAUUAUAAUCUGAACAUUGGCGCUUUCACUGGAGGCAGUUCAGGUGACGCUCUCUCUCCUCACAACAAUCGUCCUUUCACAACCAAAGACAGAGACAAUGAUGAAGUUUCAGACAACUGUGCGGUAGUGUACAGGGAGUUGUAUAAAGGUGCUUGGUGGUACAGAAACUGCCAUAACUCCAAUCUGAACGGGCAGUAUCUGAGAGGAAAACACGCCAGCUUCGCGGACGGAGUUAAUUGGGCCAGUGGAGAAGAAGGCUAUUAUUAUUCCUAUAAAAUAACGGAAAUGAAGUUCAGACCAGUUUAA